CCAUGUCUCCAUCAGUUCCCUUGCAGGAGAUGAUUCGGACCAUCAGGUCAGCCCGGACCCAGUGUGAGGAACGGGGUGUCAUUCAGAAGGAGUGUGCAGCCAUACGGGCCCAGUUCAGACAAAACGACAACGGGAGCCGAUCACACAACCUGGCCAAGCUUCUCUACGUGCAYAUGUUGGGCUACCCAGCUCACUUUGGUCAGAUGGAGUGUGUGCGGAUGAUAGCCAGCCCCCGCUACAGCGAGAAGCGUGUCGGGUACCUGGGCGCCAUGAUGCUACUGGACGAGAAGCAGGAUGCCAGCCUGCUCAUCACUAACUCCAUCAAGAAUGACUUGUCUCACAGUAACCAGUACGUCCAGUCUCUGGCUCUGUGCACCUUGGCCUGUAUGGGUUCAUCUGAGAUGUGCAGGGAUCUGGCACCAGAGAUUGACAGGUUGCUGCGAUCCUCCAACUCUUACAUAAAGAAAAAGGCUGCUUUAUGUGCCGUGCACAUCGUGAGAAAAGUCCAGGAUCUCGGAGAGCUCUUUGCCCCCUCCGCUCGUUCCCUCCUCUCAGAGAAGAACCACGGUGUGCUGCAUGGUGCUGUUGUUCUGAUCACAGAGCUGUGUGAGCGGAGCCCAGAAUCUCUGGAGCGGUUCAGGAAGACAGUACCAGAUUUAGUUCAGAUCAUGAAAGGCCUGAUCAUUUCAGGUUAUUCUCCUGACCACGAUGUUGCAGGAGUCAGUGAUCCUUUCCUACAGGUCCGUGUCUUAAGGUUGCUGAGAGUCCUCGGUCGGAACAAUGAAGCAGCGAGUGACGCCAUGAACGACCUCCUCGCUCAGGUGGCGACCAACACAGACAGUACGAAGACCGUGGGGAAUGCUGUGCUGUAUGAAACWGUCCUCACCGUGUUAGACAUAAAGUCUGAGAGCGGCCUCAGAGUUCUUGCUGUAAACAUUCUGGGAAGAUUUCUCCUGAACAAUGACAGGAACAUUAGGUAUAUUGCCAUGACUUCUCUUCAGAAGAUUGUUGGAACAGACCAUAAUGCAGUGCAGCGACACCGGGGGACUAUAGUAGACUGCCUGAAGGACCCCGACGCAUCCGUCAAACGGCGUGCUUUGGAGCUCUCCUUGGCUUUAGUGUCAGCCUCCAACAUUCGCUCUAUGAUGAAGGAGCUGCUCAUCUUCCUCUCCUCCUCCCCUCCUGAGCUCAGGGCUCAAGCUGCCAGCGGCAUUUUCAACGCUGCUGAAAGGUAUGCACCCUCCCAGCGUUGGCACAUUGACACCACCCUGCAUGUUCUCACAACGGCAGGGGGUGAUGUGAGGGAUGAAACUGUGCCCAACUUGAUUCAGCUCAUCACCAACACGUCGGAGCUGCACUGUUACACCGUGCACAAGCUGUACCGGGCUCUGCUCACAGACAUCUCCCAGCAACCUCUGGUCCAGGUGGCGUGCUGGUGUAUAGGAGAGUAUGGAGACCUGCUGCUGAGAGGAGAGUGUCAGGAAGCUGAACCUGUGCAGGUCACAGAGGAUGACGUCCUGGACGCUUUGGAAACUGUUUUACAGUCGCACAUGUCGACCCCAGCAACCAGAGGCUUCGCUCUCACCGCCACCAUGAAACUGAGCACACGCAUUACUGAAAACGUGGAUCGCAUCCGAAGCAUCGUCAGCAUCUACGGCAGCUGCAUUGACGUGGAGCUCCAGCAGAGGGCGGUUGAAUACAACGCUCUUUUUAAAAAAUACGACCACAUGAGGGCAGCAGUGUUAGAAAGGAUGCCUGUGAUUCAGAGGAACUCUCAGGGCCAGACCAUUGAAGAGUCAACAGAGGAGACCAUCAAGGAGCUUCAGCCUGCCGGAGUCAAACAGGAAGUGGCGGUACUGCCACAGCWGCCCGCUAGUCAACUAUGUAAUGAUGAUGCAUCAGCAGUCAGGGUCUGUGAUCUCUUGGACUUACUGGGUGACUCUCAGGAGCCUCUGCAGCCCAGCCUGGCUGUAGGCAGCACAGGACCCUCCCCGCCCCUCAGUACCACCAUCACUCCAGGAGGAGACAUCCUGGAUCUGCUGGGUGGGUUGGAGCCCACUCCCCAAACACCAGCUCCCGCAGUGACGGUGUACGAGAAAAACGGUGUGACUUUGACACUGAGCUGUGAAGAACAGUCAGCCUCAACCCUGACGGCCACUCUCACAGCCUCCAACUCUUCUGACUCAGACAUCAGCAGCUUCACCCUGCAAGCUGCAGUGCCCAAGAGCGUGCAGCUACAAAUGAAGGCCCCCAGCAGAGACUCUCUUCCUGCCCGAGGUGCAGCUAAACUGACCCAGCUGGUGGUCCUCAACAACCCAAACAAGGUCAAUCUGAAAAUGAGGGUCCGCAUCUCUUACACCAGUCAAGGUUCGACUGUUCAGGAUACGGUCCAGAUCGACUCCUUCCCUGGACUCAGCGCCACCGCACACUGACAGCAACCCAGCAGGACCGGUGGAUGAAACAGCAUUCAGCUCACUGAUGUGGUUUUCUCCCAGUUAGCUUUUAUUGGAAGGAUGUCAUUCUUACGUGUUUUUCUACUCAUCAGGAACACAAAAUCUUAAUGACGCACACAUGCAGACCUGCAGGAAUCACAUGGAAGAAAUCAAAGUUAUUUUGAAGUUUUAUUUGUGGGUAGAGGGGAGUCGCUGCAGAGACAACCUGACAGACGACACACAGAGUCUAGUGGAUCAUGAAAGUCCAUAAAACUUUUUAAAAGGUACGAUAAAAGACCAAAUAGUUAUAUUUGUUUAUCUGCUUUGAGACUUUAGUGAAAAAUCUUUCAUUUUUAUUGAUGUAAAUUAAAAAAGUGUAAUAUUCUUAAGCACUCAGAAUUUUAAAACACCACCAUGCUGUUGUAAUUUUUACUUUCUAAAGACUACAAUCUAUUUUUGUGGGUAAUGUCAGUGUAAGCCACACAUCACUCUAUUUACAACCCUACCUCUGAAAACAUUUGUAUCUGUUUUGCGCUGUUAAAAAUCACUAACAAGUAAGCAACCACUACUUAUUUUAAGUACGCUUUUAAAACUCAAACCCAUCAAACAGAAGGAUACAAGCACAACCUCGUUACCUUCACUUGUUUUCUGUGAGGGUUCCCAGGUGUUCAGCUUCUGGUUCAUUCCUCUGUGCCUUUUAUCACUUUUCCAAACGUGUGUCUUUUCCAGGACAAGAAUAUUUUCUAAUCUGUAGUUUUUGUUUUCAUUCCCAUAGAAGCAACAGAACUGAACAGCAAUGCUUAUUGUUUACAGACAAUUAAAAUGAUUUUAUUUAUGAUGUAAAAUAAAGCAAAAAGACCUUGGGCACAGUCCUGCCUACAUAAUGUAAAUAUUGGAUAAUAAGUAUUUAUAUGGAUUGAGCUAUUAAAUGAAUAAGCAUUAAGCACAAUAAAAAUAUUAAGUUUAUGGACAAACUACAACAAUCUGAUGGAGAAACGGGUGCAGUAAACGAAAUAAAACCAGCAUGUUUAUAUCAACUUAGGGACUCAUUUCAUAUUUACUGCUUGAAAAAAAGGAACUCUACAGAUAAAUUAUAAGCAAUUUCGAUCCAAGUAUGAUGUCAAUAAAAUCUUGUUCAGCUUCACAUCACUACCUUAACUAAAGAGUUAUGAAAUGAGCAGAAACACUAUUCUGUCAGCUUUUAAGAUCAUCUUUGAAUAUGAUGCGGAAUUUGAAUGAUGCUAUUUUCUAAUUAAUAAAGAAAAUCUUAUGA